GGCAGAGACGUCAUGAUGAAGUAGUUGCUCACAUUUCCUUUAGGCAAGCAAUUCACACCUUUAAAAGACAAUCAACAUCUACACAUAUCAAUAUUGGGAGUAGUUAACUCAUACAUACAAAACACAAAACAAAAACCCCCGCAUCUACCGCUACUAUCCCACAUCUUUUCUAACUUAUUUAUCAUCACCAACGGUUUCAUCCACAAUGUCUGCCCAAAAGAGCGGCCGCCAAUCCCCGCCUCCAGAAGGCCAAUCGGGACCACAACUCCACGACGUUCCCGGCACUGGCAAGAGUAUACCCAACGCCGCGCCGUCCGACGAACACGCGAAACAGAGCUCCGAUCAGGCCCUAGCUGGGCUACAGAGUAAUCCCGUCCAUCCGUUAGAGCAGGCUGCGCGGGAGAAGUUGAAGUGAGGGGAUACCUUUUAUUUUUUUGGCGGUGGGGAGGAGAUAGGAAGGGGAAGGGGAAGGGGAUGGAAUGGUUUUGGGUGACGGUGGAUUAUAGGAAUUGUUUUUCGUGAUCGGGGAUGUAAAUGGUCAUGCAGGUCUUUAGAACAUUUUAACUAGUUGAUAGGAGAUUGUCUGCUAUCAAUGUGCAAUGGAACUUUAUUAUGAAGGUAGUGAAUGCAUUUAGGGUAUAUGACUGCGCGU